UGAUUGAUUCUCAGUGCUCUCUUUUGCGUGUUUCAACUUCUUUUGUUCUUUAACGAUCUGAUCCCAUGUCUUUGUUUCUUGUUCGAUUGUGAAUUUGAGAAAAUGGCGAUUCGAGAUCUAUCUAUGUAUUAUACGUUUUUUUUUCCCCUCAGUUUGAACUGAUUCGGAAAUGUCAAGAGAUCAGAUCUAUUCGUUGAUAGAGUCUUUGGGGGUUUACGAUCUUAAUUCGUUUACAUCAGAUUUGGCUUAAUUCUGUAUGUUCCUCCUAACUGAGAUGGCACAACGAGAAUGGAAGAAGAGUAUGAGAGUCGUCGAAUGAGGAGAUGGGAAGAGUUGGACACUGACAUCUUAGUAAGAAUUUUCCAGAAGUUUAGCGUCUUUGAGCUGACUUCGGGAUUAGCUCAUGUUUGUAGAGGAUGGAGAGCUGCUUGUUGCGAUCCUAUUCUAUGGAAGACUCUUGAUUUGUCACACAUGAGAUCUAGUUUCAUCAAGAUCCCAUUAGAGCCUUAUGUCUAUGUUGAACGCCGCUCUGAUGAGGCCCUGACCCGCAUCCUGAAACUUUCCAUGAACCUUAGCGGAGGAAACACUAGGACCUUGAUCUUCCAUUUUAACUUGUUUCUGAGUGAUGAUCAGCUUACUUACACCGCUGAAAGGUGUCCAGGGUUGAGACGGGUCGUCCUUCCAGCUUGGAACAGAAUAAAGAAGACGGGUAUAUGCAAAGCUAUAAGGAUCUGGAAUGAUCUAGAGUCACUAACAAUGCCAAGCAUCGCAAACCCGCCUUAUCUCUUAACAGAAAUAGCCAAGAACUGCAAGAACUUUAAAGAGCUCAAGAUCAUGGGUCCAUUCGAAGUCUUCUUUGCAAACACGCUCAUCACUUGCCUCCCAAACCUCAAAAUCCUCAGCCUUAGAUGCUCGGCUAUAAAGCGGGAAGCGCUCGUGAAAAUCCUUGACGGAUUACAGAGCCUUGAAGUGCUCAACAUAUCACACUCUCACCUGGUGGAGUACAACAGUUGGCAACCGCAGCAGAAGGUGAUUGUUAGGGAGCUCGAUAAGACGAUAAUGGAGAAAACAACGAGGUUGAAGAGGUUUUUGACUUGUAUGGAGCACAAGACGUGUUUGAUGUGCCAGAGGACAGAGAACGAUGAAGGGAUAGUGAGAUGGUAUAAGUACGAAGAAGGAGAGUGGAAGGUUGAUGAAGUGAGUUCUCUUCAUCUUUGAUGUUUUUUUUGUGAUAUUUUUUCUUUGUGGAGACUUAACUUCUUCUUGUUCAUUUAUACUUGUUUGAGUUGCUUUGUGAGUUGUUUUGAUGUGAACGAUAUUAUGUGUAUAUAAUGUGUAGACGUUGUAUGUAGUGAUCAACUUUGACACAAAAUAGGAAAAUAAAACAAUAAACUUUCAAUA